GCAGCCAUCCUAUCUUCUCAUGGCCUUGUCGCCUGUGGAUUGGGCUGCCUGGAAAGACAGGGCUCGCGGCCGCGAGCCUUCGAAGGCUGGGGGGGCAGCCGUGCUGCCACUGCGGCGAGUGGACUUGCUGCUUCUGCGAGUCUUGCCCUCGCCCUCCUUGCGCUGUGUGUGCGACCGGGAACGCCUCCUGUGCCACAGCUGCCUGGACAGGGGCCUGGUCUAUACGGAGGUGGCGCGCCAGGCCGAGGACGACGUGCUGGAGAUCUCGGGCUACCACGAUGAGGAGGGCCGCUUUGUCACCCUCGACCCGCCGGUCAGGAUGGCAACAACAUCCAUCCCACGGCAAUCGGACGGGUCCUUCAACGCCGACGAGCUCAUGCGCCUCAUUGCCCGCAGCCGGAGGGUUGCCGUGAUGGAGCUGGGCAUCCAAUCGGUUGGGGACUUCAGGUACAUGUGGUCCUCAUCUCAGGAUUGCUACAGGGAGCUCGAGCAGAAGACUGGCCGGGCACUUCAAGGGCAUGAAGCUAUGGCCAUUGCAGUGGCCUGGACCAAUGCGAGGCGGGCCAGCCUGAAGCAGAUUGAGGCCCUUGGCGUGGAGGUGGCUCAGGUCCGGAACUCGAGUGUGGGCGUCCCCACUCGCAGGGCCGAGACUCCAGUGCCGAGCCAGCCAAGUGAGGCAUCUGCCAAGGUGCGGCGCCUGGUCCCUUCAGGGGUCCCAGCGGAGCGAGCUCCUAUCUUGGUGGCCGCAGCAGCUUCGGAUGCCCACGCCAAGGAGGAUGCCACCAAGCUGUCGAAGCUGGACCAGCUCUUCCACCUCGUCCUUGACAAUGUCCUGAACUUGGAGGAGCUGGGCGUUACUGCAGCCCAGCUGCAAGACCCCAUGGAGGUGCAGCGCCUCAAAGAUACUACUAUGGCGGGUGCUUCAAGGUUGUCCUCUCAGAGGCUGGGAGCUUUAGCUUCGGCGCUACGGCGUUGGCUUCGUUUUUGUGCCGCCCGUGAUGUCAACCAUCGACAGCCGACCCCCUUGCUCUUGGCUGAUUUCCUCCGGGAGGUAUCAGCUGGGGGCCCCACGGCGGCGGCCAGCAUGCAUGCCAGCCUGAAGUGGUAUGCAGCCACCUUUGGUGCCCAGUUCCCGAUGGACCAUUGGGCCACCAAGCACUUCCGCUUCCAUGCGGUGCACCACACAGGCCGCCAAGCACCAGAGCUUGAACCUUGGGAGUUCGUGAGCCUCCUCCUGCUGAUGAAGAAGUCUCAGGGGACGCACAGGGUGCUGGUGGCCCAGAUGUUGAUGGCCGCAUUGGGGUGCAUUCGAUUUGAGCACCUCCAACGGUCCAAGUUCGUCACAACCCAUGGACCCAGUUUGGAGUUCCAGUGCGCCCAAGGGAAAGCCAGAAAGAAGGGCGCCAGACCUGGAUAUGCAUGGGGCCUUCCGCACGCCACUCUGGAUGGUCAAGGAGUCACACAGACCCUCUUGGACUUCUACGCCAACGAGUGCCCGCAGUCGAGUGGCUUCUUGCUCCCCGCGGUGUCCCUGAACCCCGAGGAGUUCUGGGAAGUCACGGAACACACCGGGCUCAUAGUGAACAAGCCCAUGUCACGAAGCCGCUUCCUCGAGCUCCUGCGGGGCGCCCUCUACCAGAUCGGGGUCGAGUUCACCAAUGCACAGGCAGCGGGAUUUAACCGGCUUCGUCGAUUCAUCCCGACGAUUGCGAACAUCCUCGAACUGCCGGAUCUUGACCUGCAAGCAGUGGGGAACUGGACGGAGAUCCCAGCUGGAGGUGGCCGGGACCCCUCAGCUGGGAAACCCCGGGCCCUGAUGUCCAUGGGGGUCCACUACGCCGGAUCAAAGCUCCUACGAUCCUUGCAGGUCAAGCAGCGCUGCGUGAACCGCUUCAUGAACCUGUUCCACAAGAAGCGCAGGGAGCUCGCGCUGACAGAGGACGGCAUGCUGUGCAGGGAUGCUUGGCUGUGGCCCGAGUUUGCAGCAGCGCACAAGCUGAUCCCAGAGGAUCUGAGCGCCUUUGAAGGAGAGGCCAAAGAGGCCAUUGAGGUGGCUCCUGGAGCCCUGCCGGUGGAGGAGGAAGUCCCGGCCGGGUCCGGACUUCCUUCGGCGGAGCGUUCCUCCGACUCUUCCGAAGACCUAUCGAGCUCUGCCUCCGAUGUCACGGCCGAAGGAGACGACCUUUGUGGGGUACCGGCUGAUGAAGAUGCGGCUGAUGAUAUUCCAUGGUUCGUCCAGGGCAGGAAGACCCACCUUGUUCGAGAGGAGAUGGAGGGCCGCCUGACGCCCUGGUGCCGCGACUUUCCAUUCGUCCAGGAGCACCAAAGCCGUGGCCGCGGCUGGCUGUGCUGGGACGAGCAGGGCUGCCUUUUGUGA